AUGGCUGCGCGCCCCGGGCCGCUGUGGCUCGUGGGCCUGGCGCUGUGCGCGCUGAGCGGCGGCGGCCCCGGCCCGCGCGCCCCGGCCGGCUGUCCGGCCCGCCGCCUGGGCCCGCGCGAGCGCCGCGACAUGCAGCGCGAGAUCCUGGCGGUGCUCGGGCUGCCCGGGCGGCCCCGGCCCCGCGCGCCGUCCGCCGCCGCCCGGCUGCCUGCGUCGGCGCCGCUCUUCAUGCUGGACCUGUACCACGCCAUGGCCCGCGACGACGACGAGGACGGCGGCCCCCCAGAGCGGCGCCCGGGCCGCGCCGACCUGGUCAUGAGCUUCGUCAACAUGGUGGAGCGUGACCGUACCCUGGGCCACCAGGAGCUCCACUGGAAGGAGUUCCGCUUUGACCUGACCCAGAUCCCAGAGGGGGAGAUGGUCACAGCCGCUGAGUUCCGGAUUUACAAGAUGGCCAGCACCUACCUGCUCAACGGGACCCUGCACGUCAGCAUGUUCGAGGUGGUCAGAGAGCAGUCCAACAGGGAGUCUGACUUGUUCUUUUUGGAUCUUCAGACGCUCCAAGCUGGGGACGAGGGCUGGCUGGUGUUGGACGUGACAGCAGCCAGUGACCGCUGGUUGUUGAGCCGGAACAAGGACCUGGGGCUCCGCCUCUAUGUGGAAACGGACGAUGGGCACAGCGUGGAUCCUGGCCUGGCCGGCCUGCUGGGGCGACGGGCGCCGGGCUCCAAACAGCCUUUCCUGGUCACUUUUUUCAGGGCGAGCCCUGGUCCCGUCCGAGCCCCUCGGGCAGCGAGGCCCCUGAAGAGGAGGCCACCCAAGAAAACCAACGAGCUGCCACACCCGAACAAACUCCCGGGGAUCUUUGAUGACGUUCACGGCACCGACGGCCGGCAGGUUUGCCGGCGGCACGAGCUCUACGUCAGCUUCCAGGACCUCGGCUGGCUGGAUUGGGUCAUUGCUCCCCAAGGCUACUCGGCCUAUUACUGUGAGGGGGAGUGCUCCUUCCCGCUGGACUCGUGCAUGAACGCCACCAACCAUGCCAUCCUGCAGUCCCUGGUCAGUACCGCGUCCAUCCUGUCCCCACCCACGGGGAGAGGGCUCGUGCAGCCAGGUGGAUGGAAGCGCCUGCUCGGGUCUCAGGGAGCUCUCCCCACCCUUCACUGUGGGCACACGCAGUUAACUUCCCAUGUCUGUACAGGAACUGGUCCCUAUGUGGCCACGUUCACAUGUAGACCCCUAGGCAUCUGAAUCCACACACACCCGACUUACCCUGACUGUGCACACCCAGAUCUGUGCCCUGCACACGCACGUGUAAGGCAUCAUGUACAUAUGUGGGCACCCAGAUUUACAAGACAUGCUUGCUUCUGGUCAGACACCAUACACAUCACCAUGUCCCCCGGCAUCCUCGGCCUCGGCCUCCUGUCGCACAGACCCCUGUGGGGUGAGUGACAGGCAUGUGCAUUCAGCCACCUGCUGCAAGGUGUAUGUGGAGAGCAUUACAGGUGUGGCCUGGGUGAGGGGCUGGGCUUUGCCCCCACCCCCCCUUUUGCUCACCUUCUGGUUGUCUUCUUCCUGAUCCUUAGUUCUUUGUGUUUCCCAAAGUAGGUAUGCUACCAGUGCUGAGUCUGGGGUAACUUCACAUGCUGAAAAACAGUUUCCAUGAAGAGCACUGUUGCUGUUGCUUAUAGCUAAGUGUUUUACUACAGCUUUGUAGAAUUUAAAAUCUGGGAUUGUGAUACUCCCAGCUUUGUUUUUCUUUUUCACAGUUGCUUUGGCUAUGAGGGGUAUUUGUGGUUCUAUUCAAAUUUUAGGAUUGUUCUAGUUGAAAAAUGCUGUUGGCAUUUUGAUAGGGAUUGCAUUAAAUCUGUAGAUUGCUUUGGGUAGUGUGGACAUUCUACCUAUAUUGGUUCUCCCAAUCAGUAAGUAUUGAGUAUCUUUCCAUGUUUGUUAUCUUCGAUUCCUUUCAUCAUUGUUUCAUAGUUUUUGGAGUACAGGUCUUUCACUUCGUUGGUUAAGUUUAUUCCUAGGUGUCUUAUUCUUUUUGGUACAAUUGUAAAUGUGGUUGCUUUCUUAACUUCUCUUUCCACUGCUUCAUUAUUAGUGCAUAGAAAUGCAACAGAUUUCUGUACAGUGAUUUUGUAUUCUGUGACAUUACUGAUUGUAUCAAUUCUAGCAGUUUUUGGUGGAGUCCUUAGGGUUUUCUAUAUAUAGUGCCACAUCAUCUCCAAAUAGUGAAAGUUUUUCUUCCUUACCAAUUUGGAUGCCUUUUAAUCCUUUUUCUUGUCUGAUUGCUAUAGCUAGGACUUCCUGUACUGUGGAAUAAAAGUGGUGACUGUGGGCAUCCUUGUCUUGUUCCUGACCUAGGGGAAAAGCUCUGUUUUUCAGCAUUAUGAUGUUACCUGUGGGCUUUUCAUAUAUGGCUUUUAUUAUGUUGAGGUAUGUUUCCUCUAAACCUACUUUGUUGAGGGUUUUCUCAUGAAUAGAUGUUGUAUUUUGUCAAAUGCUUUUCCUCCAUCUAUUGAAAUGAUCAUAUGGUUUUAAUCCUCCUAUUGAUGUAGUAUAUUGAUUUACAAAUAUUGACCUACUGUUGUAUCUUGGGAAUAAAUCCACUUGAUCAUAGUGAAUGAUUUUUUAAAUAUAUUAUUGGAUGCGGUAUGCUGUUUUUACAUCCAUAUUCAUCAAGAAUAUUGGCCUAUAGUACUCUUGUUGUAGCGGGUUUUUUGUUUUUGUUUUUUUAAUCUGGUUUUGGAGUUGGGGUAAUGCUGGCCUCAUAGCAUGAAUUUGGAAAUUUUCCUUCCACUCUUAAUUUUUGGAAUAGUUUGGGAAGAAUAGGUAUAACUCCUUUUUGAGUUUUUGGUAGAAUCCAUCUGUGAAGCCAUCUGGUCAAGGACUUUUAUUGGGAGUUUUUUGGUUACUGAUUCAAUCUCCUUGCUGGUAACUGGUCUGUCCACAUUUUCUAUUUUUUCCUGCUUCAGUUUUGGUAGGUUAUAUGUUUCUAGGACUGUAUCCAUUUCUUCUAGGUUAUGCAAUUUGUUGGCAUAUACUUUUCAUAAUGAUCUUUCAUAAUCUUUUGUAUUUCUGUGGUAUUGGUUGUAUCUCUUCUUUCAUUACUGAUGUUUUAAAAUGUAAGCCCUUUUUUCCCUGAGUCUGACUAAAUGUUUAUCAAUUUUAUUGAUCUUUCAAAGAACAAACUCCUGAUUUCAUUGUUCUGUUGUUGUUGUUGUUGUUUUAGUAAUGUCUACACCCAACAUGGUGUUCAAACUCACAACCCCAAGAUCAAAAGUUGCAUGCUCUACCAACUGAACCAGCCUGGUUUUUGUCUUGAGUUUCUAUUUUAUUUCUGCACUAACCUUUAAUUCCUUCCUUCUGCUGGUUUUGCUUGUUCUUUUUCUAGCUCCUUUAAGUAUAUGAUUAAGUUAUUUGAGGUUCUUUUUUGCUUUUCGAGUAAACUUCUCUGCAUUGCUAAAACUUCCCUCUUAGGACAGCUUUUGCUGCAUCCCAAAGAUUUGGGACUAUUGUGUUUCUGCUUUCAUUUGUUUCUAUGUAUUUUUCCUCUUCGAUUUCUUGGUUAACCCAUUCAUUGUUUAGUAGUGUGUUAUUUAACCUCCAUGUAUUUGUGCUCUUUCCAGAUUUUUUCUUGUGGGUUUCUAGUUUCAGUGUUGUGUUGAGAAAAGAUGCAUGAUAUGAUUUUAAUCUUUUUAUUUGUUCAGACUUGUUUUGUGGCCUAUCUGACCUAUUCUGGAAAAUGUUCUGUGUGUACUUCUAAAGAAUGUGUAUUCUGCUGUCUUAGAAUGGAAUGUUCUGAAUACAUCUGUCAAAACCAUCUGGUCAAAUGUGUCAUUCAAAGCCAGUUUUCUUGUUGAUUUUGUUUGGAUGAUCUAUCCAUUGAUGUAAGUAGGGUGUUAAAGUCCCCUCUUAUUAUUGUAUUACUAUAAACUACUUCAUGUUUGUUAUUAACUGCUUUAUGUAUUUGGGUGUUCCCAUGUUGGAUGCAUAAAUAUUUACAAUUGUUAUAUCUUCUUGUUGGAUGGUUCCAUUUAUGAUUACAUAGUGUCAAAUUUGGCUGUUAUAGUCUGUUUUUAAAGUCCAUUUUGUCCCAUAUAAGCAUCCUGACUUUAUGCUCAUGUUCCAUUUUACAUUUAGUCUGCAUGUCUUCAGAUCUGAAAUGAUUCUCUUAUGUAGGCAGAUAUAGGUGGUCCUUCCAACUGCUGCUUUUUUUAGUAUCAGUUCCAUUACCCUGGCUUUUGAUUGUUUAGUCCAAUUACAUUCAAAGCAAUUAUUGACAAGUAUGUAUGUAUUGCCAUUUUGUUACUUCCCUUAUGGUUGUUUUUGUAGAUAUUCUCUGUUCCUUUCUUCCCUUGCUCUUCUCUCAUGAUUAGUUGGCUUUCUUUAGUGAUGUAUUGGGACAUCUUUAAUUCUUGUAUAUCCAUUAUUGGUUUUUUAUUUAUGACUGUUAGGUUUGUAUAUAACAUUUGCUGCAUCUAGCAGUCUAUAUGAAGUUGAUGGUCACUUAAGUUUGAGCCCAUUAUUUAUUCCUCCUCUGCCCCCACUAUGAUUUAGGUAUAUGGUAUCAUGCUUUAAAUCCUUUUAUUUUGUGACUCCCUUGACUGAUUUUUAUAAAUACUUAUUUUUUACUGCUUUUGUGGUUCCUACUUUUCUUUUCUUUUUUUU